UUUCCCUUGCUAAACAUUUUAAAUCUCCCACAAUGCAACAUUAAAAUGUCAGCGCCCAUGUUUCACACGUGAAUUUGGAACAAAAAAUGACAAAUAUACAAAACUUAGAGAUUACUCUUCUGCAAACAGAUCUUAAUUCAGGUUCAGCAAAAUCAGAAAAGUACUCGGAAAUUGUACAGAAGUUCAGAGACGGUCAAUAUGCUUUUGUUCUAAAACAGGACUUCACUAAACAGAUAUUCUCUGAAUCAUCUGACACUGAGGUUACACUUGACUCUUGGCUUCACAAGAAUAUUGCAAAUCUGUUUGAGACACAAUCAGAAGAUCAGCUCUCAGAAAGGGAGUUUGAGGUUCUGCUAGUUGCUGUGACCUGUCUACAGCUGUUUGUACAGAAUAAUUGGUUAGGACCUCGACCUUCAGAAUGUUCCCCAAAAGACAUACUUCCUGAACAUUUCUUGGGUGACAAAAUCAGUGAGUUUUUAGAAAGUGAACUGAGUAUUGAUGGUGAACCCAUAUACAACCUUACAGCAUACCCGGAGUUCCUGUACAUAGCUAGAUUUUUAUUGCUGGAAUGCAGGGAUAGAUUGAAACAUCUUCAGACAGCAGAAUGGUGGUUGAUGAGAUGUGUGAAUGUACACCAACAGGUACUGGACAACAAGUCACACACGCUCAGGGAAACUCUCAUACAACUCAUUGACUCUGUGCAGAAGACAGAACCUUUGAUGACAGCUGACAAAUACAGGGACUUACAGAUACUGUUUCAUGUAGAGGCAGGAUACCUUAGUCACAUGUUCUACAGAUACAGAGAAGCCCAUGAACAUUUCAACACUGCUAAAAAACUGGCUGCCAUUAAUGUUCACCUUACAGGUGCUAUGGGAAAGAGCAAGAUUCAGAUAGAUGAUAAAGUCAGUUGUUACUGGAAGUCCCGGGACCUGACAGUACAAAGGGAUAGCUGGAGGACUAUAAAAGGAGCAUGCAGUAAAAGAUAUGUUAAGGGAGGAAGUAAAAGCGUCCUGCUGAAAGUGCCAGUAUGGUUUACAUAUGGUUGUGCAGCGAUGGCAGCUAAAGAAUACCAGCUUGCUACCAGAACAUUCAAGAGAUGUGUGGCCAUAGAUUAUGAUAAUUAUGAGGCAUGGAAUAACCUGGCUUCAGCAUUUAUAAAGCUUGGAGAAAAAAAGAAAGCUUUUCUGACAUUGAGUGAUGCUAUAAAGUGUAACUAUGAAAACUGGAGAAUAUGGGAAAAUUAUCUAGUGGUGGGUACAGAUUGUGGAGAGUUCAGUGAAGUGAUCAGAGCUUACCAUAGACUAUGUGAUCUGAAGGAGAAAUGGGUGGAUGAACAGAUACUGGGUAUUCUUGUGAGAGCUGUUGUAGAGAAGAUCCCAGAUUCAAAGGGUAGACCAUCACAGCAUGUGGAACCAAAGCUGAGGGAACUGUUUGGCAGAAUCACUUCCAGGGUGAUGGAUAAGGCAGAGAUCUGGAGAUUAUAUGCCCAACUGUGUAUUGGAGAACCGGACAAAAUGUUACAGUACCUUCAGAAGGCUCAUAGAUGUGUGAUGCAGACAUCAAACUGGGAGAAAGAUGUGGACCAGUGUCAGACUGUAGCCCAGCAGUCGCUCCAACUCGCAGAUACCUACUCUGCGGCUAGCAGUAACGCUAACAACACAACACAGUCAUUACAGAUGAUGUCGUCUGCUAAAUUAAUGUUGAAAGGUGUUCUUACAAAAAUUAAGCAACAACAUACAGAUCCUGUAUCACAGACUAUACCGUCAGAUGUUGUAAAGGAGACGUGUUCACAGCUUCAGGAGAAACUCGACAGUCUUAUAAAAACUAUAGAACAGCUUAAAGCUGUAUGAUAGCUUAUACAACAAGAUAAUUGUGUCCGUUUACUGCAUUUAAUUGGCAUAAGAACCACCAGAAAUACAUUUUGAACAUGUUUGAGUGUCAACAGGAAGAUGCUA